AUGGCGUCCGUCCUCAACCAUACUCCUGCCAGACAGCUCUGGGAUUGGGUCUCGGGUCAAAAUGGCGUGCCUCCAAUCGGUGAUCCUAGAGCUCCAGAGAGUGACGCCAAGGUAGCAGAUAUUGAAAAGGUAGCGGUGUCAUCGCAGACAUCUUCACAGUCAGGAGAAGCCAACGACCUUGUGGAUUGGGAUGGGCCGGAGGACCCAGAGAACCCUCAGAACUGGUCUACAGCUAAGAAGUCAUUUGUCUUCUUCCAGAUAUGCCUCUUGACCUUCGCUAUCUACAGCGGGUCGGCCAUCAUCAGCCCGGCAGAACCCAUAUUCAUCGAGAUUUUUGGCAUCUCACGCCAGGUAUCUACGCUAGUUAUGUCAAUGUUUGUCCUAGGAUAUGGAAUGGGUCCUCUUUUCUUCAGCCCUCUAUCCGAAGUCCCUCGGGUCGGCCGCAAUAUCCCGUAUAUGACAUCCUUUUUCCUCUUCAUCAUGAUGACGGUAGCCGCAUGUCGCGUAACGAACUAUCCUGGCCUGGUCGUUCUCAGGUUCCUCCAAGGUUUCCUUGGUGGCCCUGUUCUUGCAACGGGUGGUGCAUCUGCCUCCGAUAUCUUCGGUUUUCAUAAGAUCCCAUACGGUCUGACUUUUUGGACUUGCGCUGCCUACGGCGGUCCGGCACUUGGUCCCCUGCUGGCAGGCUUCUCCGUGACAGAGAGCGGCUGGAGAUGGUCCAUGUACGAGCUGCUCAUGUUGAGUGGCUUUACUUUCAUAUUGUUGUUCUUUGGUCUCCCAGAGACAAACCCUGAGACCAUCCUGCUCUACCGAGCCCGCCGACAGCGAAAAGCCACAGGUAAUAUGAAGCUACGCUCACAGUCAGAGAUCAAGCAGGGUGAUAUCCAUAUCUUGCAGAUCAUGGCUACCUACCUCACGACUCCUUUCCGUGUGACAGUCCAAGACCCGUCUGUUUUCUUCAUCAACUUGUACACGGCUCUAAUUUACGGAAUCUAUUACUCGUUUUUUGAAUCGUUCCCUUUGGUGUACGUCAACAUGCACGGCUUUUCUCUGGGUAUGAUGGGAGUCGUGUUCCUCUGCAUCAUUGUUGCUUGCAUUAUUGGAGCAGGUACCUAUCUCCUCCUGGUAUGGUUCGUCUACGAGCCCUAUACCAUGAAAAUGGGAAUUGGAAAGCCUGAACAUCGACUGCUACCUGGUGUCUUUGCUGCAGCCCUGGCUCCUUGUGGGUUAUUUAUCUUCGGCUGGACAGCUCGGCCUGAUAUUCACUGGAUUGCGCCUACCAUUGGCAUUGUGGUCUUUUCGUCCUGUGUCUUCAUUCUUGCCAACGUCAUCUUUAUUUAUCUUCCAACCACCUAUCCUCGCUAUGCAGCGAGUCUUUUUGCGGCGAACACCUUCCUUCGAAGUGUCCUUGCCUGCACUGCCAUCCAUUUCUCUCAGCCCCUGUUCGAUAAUCUUGGCAUUGGAAAGGGAUGUAGUGUGCUAGGUGGUCUGACAGCAGGUUGUUUCUUUGGAGUUGUGGCAUUGUGGCAUUUUGGUCCCACUCUGCGGGCUCGCAGCCGGUUUGCGGAGUCAUACUAA